AUGGUCAUCCAGUUGUGCGUCUGCGAGAGUUGGAAACCGGAAGUGGAGGCCGUGGACGAUGCCCCGGGUUUUCCGGGCGACUGCCAGUUUGAUGUGAAGGUCAGCAGCAAGCCAGAGUUCAUCCUCUCUGAUGACAUUCCCAGUUUCGACGGAAACAACAAGAAGGGGCAAGGUGAAGAUGAAGGUGUUAUCCACACCGUUGGCUUUGAAACCAGGCAAAAGCGUAGGAAGACGCGGCAGGAGCUCGUGCAACGCUUCCUCCAGUUCUAUGGCUUUCCAGACCUUGACACCCCCAAGAGCGUUCGCCGUGAAUCGGGAGAGGAAGAGGUCUAUCCGUUGCAUAUGGCUGCCGAACUAGGGGAUGUUGCCGUCCUGGGCGCCCUGUUGCUGGCCCACGUGGAUCCCGAUCAGCGAAGCUCGUGGGACCGAACGGCCUACGAACUGGCUGUGCUGAACAACCGCAACCGCUCGCAUUUCGAAGCCAUCGAGUGCUUGCGAAGCCGCGACAAGUGGAGUGGCCAGAUGAGCUGGACCAUCCCGAAGUUGUCCGUGCACGAGUUCAAGAAGAUGCUUAAGGAAUCUCAGCUCAACGAGCCCAGCGAGCCCAGCGAGCUCAGCGAGCUCAACGAAUCUCAGUUGCCAUAG